AUGGCCUCCGCUCCGUUGUUGUCAUCAGCUCUGGAGCCAGGCUUGGCCAUCCUGCCGCUGGGCAAGGACUGGACGCUCCCCUCCAUGCCUCUGGCGGUGGCAGCACCGAGCUCAAAUUGGGGGAGCUGGCAAGGGAGCGAAAGGAUUCGAAAAAGCCGAGGUUGCAGCCAGCGCUACUGGCAUCUUGCUGACCCUCGGCUUCAGCUAAGCAUCUCAGUGAAACCACAUCUCAUCACACAUCUCACAGCCAUCAGCCCGCCCGCGGGAGCCUGGGCCGAGGUUCCAGCUGCGUCUGACGCAGCUGACCUCGCCGCUGACAGUCGGGAGCCGAGCCGCCGAGCCGCCGCAAGACCGCAACUCCAAGCUCCCGCACAGCUCCCGCACUCUCUUUGGUGUCAGAGUCCUCCCGCUGUGGAGGUGUCCGUGCUUUCCGUCUUCCACGACGUUGCGAUCGCGAAGGGCUCAUGCAUGGCAGAUGCAUCGGGCGGAGGAAGAUGGUUUACCACGGCACAACAAGCUGGCUAUGCGGCCGUUCUCUCGGACCUCUGCGGCAGCCGUGUUGCAGGCUUUGCACUGGUCAUGCGAGUUCUGAGCGAGAAGAUUUUCGAGCGGCGGCAGGCGCUGCUCUCCGGGCUCUGUGGCCUCUCUGCCGCCCUCGGCUUGGGGCACCGCGCGCGGGCGCUCUCCUCCGCAUCACGCGGCGUCGCGCGCAGCGAGGUGGUGCUCUGUGAGAACGGAGAACUCUCCGUGGAUUUUCCGAUUUGGAGCGGGGAUGGGCCAGAUGGGACUCGGGAAGCCACGGAGGAGCUCCUGAAAGCAAGCGGAGGCAGUGCAGCUGCUGGCGCUGAGUCUGACUGGGCCGGCCUUUGGCGUGUCACCUAUGCUCCGCACCUCCGCACGCUUGGCUCCCUGGCUCUCACACAGCUGGAUGUCUACUAUGACAUUGCUCCCCCAAAGGCCAAUGCCUCGCCCAGAAUCAGGUCCUUUGCUCGCUUCGAGGGCCCCUUUGGCCGCGGUUGGCUGAACGCAGCCGGAACCCUGACGACGCUUUCCAGCGAUGAGGUGGAGGUGAACUUUUCAGACUUCUGGAUUGAUUUCAACUCGCCGCUCCCGCGACCCGAGCCCGAAGCAGGCGACCGAGUGGGCAGCGACCUCGCCAGGGUGUUCUUCCUGCGGGACCUGAGUCGCUUCCCGGUGAGGAGCCUGAAUCUUCAGACCGGCCUGACUGUCUUCCGCUUCCCUCCUCUGGGCGUCUCCGCCGCAGGGGCGGUCUUGUACAGCUGUGCCAAGAUGCGCUAUUCGAACCUCGCCGAGGAGAGCAACUCCGACGAGAUCGAUUCCCAGGUGGAGCAAAGUUUCAGCAUGACGCCGCUGGCGGUGAGGCUUCACUAA